CAUUCGAAAGCAAAGUGUUCAGCCCCUAAACGAGUGAAAACACAACAAAAUAAGAACAAAACAAAACAUCAAAAAAAAAAAAAAAAAAUCAGAAAAUUCUACAAAAAUAACCCAUACAACAAAUGCAUUUGAUUGCAUUACUACAAACUCAUAAAAAUCGGAAAAUAUGUGAAAUUAAAUCGGUGAAAGGAAAAGAAACCCAUAUAUCCAUUGUGUAACUCACAACUUCAAACAAGAGCGACACCAAAAAGCAGCAUAAUGAAAGUCGACACAUUUUCUUGGUAUUCAUUUCUGCUGUUGGCCGUGGCCUUUCAGCAGAUAUCUGCUCAACGAACAAACAUUGCUUUGGUCUAUGAAACCGACAAUCCAGAUAUGAUGAAAAUCUUCCAAUUGGCCAUAAACAAAGCGAAUGAGAACAACGAAGAGUUACGCUUGCAUGCUGUCCCAGUCGAAAUUGACGCAGGCGAUGCCUUUGGCACAUCCAAAAAACUUUGCAAAAUUUUACGGCAAAAUCUUGUGGCGGUUUUUGGUCCCACCACGAGUAUGGCAGCAAAACACGCAAUGGGCAUUUGUGAUGCCAAAGAGUUGCCAUUCAUCGAUACACGCUGGGAUUUUGGAACACAAUUGUCGACCAUUAAUUUGCAUCCUCAUCCGCCCCAACUGGCAAAGGCCUUAAAGGAUUUAGUGACCACACUCGGUUGGCAAUCCUUUACCAUUAUCUAUGAAUCAGCGGAAUAUCUGAUGUUUGUACAAGAGCUGCUGCAAUUGUAUGGCACCGCUGGGCCCACCAUAGUUGUUCGCCGCUAUGAAUUGGAUCUCGGUGGCGAUUACCGUAAUGUAUUGCGACGCAUCAAAAACUCGGGUGAAAGCUCGUUUGUGGUUGUUGGCUCUUUGGCCGCAAUGCCAGAGUUUUUCAAACAGGCCCAGCAAGUUGGUUUAAUGACGGGAGCUUAUCGUUAUGUUAUUGGAAAUUUAGAUUUUCAAACCAUCGACUUGGAACCCUAUCAGCAUGGUGAUACAAACAUCACUGGCUUACGCCUGGUUUCACGUGACUCCGAGAAUGUACUGGCAGUAGCCAAGGAGCUCUAUGAGUCGGAAGAUCCCUACCAAAAUGUUUCAUGUCCUUUGACUGUCAACAUGGCAUUGGUUUACGAUGGUGUCCAGCUUUUGGCCGAAACAUUUAAUCAUGUUCAAUUUCGUCCUGAGGCUUUAAAUUGUAAUGACGACAGCUCAUGGGAUAAAGGAUAUACAUUAGUCAAUUACAUGAAAUCGCUAAGUAUUGAAGGUUUAAGUGGUGAAAUCAAAUUCGACCGUGAGGGUGUGCGUAGUUCCUUUGCUCUAGAGGUGGUAGAGCUAACUGUAUCGGGUAUGCAAAAAAUCGGAACAUGGAAACCCGAAGAUGGUGUGGUCAUUGAUCGACCACCAACUAUAGCCAGUGGGGAUUUAGAUAUGCGAUCAUUGGUUAAUAAAAGCUUUGUGGUAAUAACUGCCAUUAGUGAACCUUACGGCAUGCUGAAAGAUGUCCCUACCAAACUGGAAGGCAAUGAUCAAUUCGAAGGUUUUGGCAUAGAACUCAUCGAAGAGUUGGGCAAAAAGCUGGGAUUUUCCUAUACAUUUCGUCUGCAAGAAGAUAACAAAUACGGAAGUCUUGACAAGGCUACGGGAAAAUGGAACGGCAUGAUUUUAGAAAUAAUCGAAGGGCGUGCCGAUCUCGGUAUAACUGACUUAACAAUGACUUCGGAUCGUGAGAGUGGUGUAGACUUUACAAUACCCUUUAUGAAUCUAGGCAUAGCCAUCUUAUUUCGCAAACCCAUGAAGGAGCCACCAAAGCUGUUCUCCUUUAUGUCACCAUUUUCGGGCGACGUUUGGCUGUGGCUGGGCAUUGCCUAUGUUGCGGUCUCGCUGAGUAUGUUUGUACUGAGUCGUCUAUCGCCACCGGAGUGGGAUAAUCCGUAUCCUUGCAUUGAAGAGCCUACGGAACUAGAGAACCAAUUUACUUUUAUAAAUUGCUUUUGGUAUGCCAUGGGAACACUGCUGCAACAGGGCUCCGAAUUAGCACCAAAAGGAUUUUCAACACGAGCUGCUGCCUCGUUUUGGUACUUCUUUACUUUGAUUUUGGUAUCAUCGUACACGGCUAAUCUGGCCGCCUUCUUGACAAUCGAAUCCCUAAGCACCCCCAUAGAGAAUGUUGAAGAUCUUGCUGCAAAUAAGGGUGGCGUUAAUUAUGGAGCCAAACUUGGUGGCAGUACAUCAACUUUUUUCAAGGAUGCCAAAUUUCCCACCUACCAAAAAAUGAAUGAAUUCAUGCAAAGCCAUCCUGAAUAUAUGACCUCUACAAAUGCCGAAGGUGUUAACCGUGUCGAAAAUGAGAAUUACGCCUUUCUCAUGGAGUCCACGACCAUCGAAUACAUUACAGAGCGUCGUUGCAGUUUAACACAAGUCGGCUCAUUAUUGGAUGAGAAGGGCUAUGGCAUUGCAAUGCGUAAAAAUUGGCCGUAUCGUGAUAUCCUUAGCCAAGCUGUUUUGGAAUUGCAAGAGCAAGGCAUUCUGACCAAAAUGAAAACCAAAUGGUGGAAGGAAAAACGUGGUGGUGGUGCCUGUGCGGCUGGACCAGCAGAAGGUGGUGCGGUGCCAUUGGAAAUUAGUAAUUUGGGUGGAGUUUUCUUGGUAUUAAUUGCCGGCUGUUUCUUUGGCAUCUUUGUGUCCACCAUGGAAAUGUUGAUGGGUGUCAAGCAACGGUGUGAUGAAAACAAGGUUCCCUUCAAGGCUGAGUUGAUGGAUGAAAUUCGCUUUGUCAUGCAAUGUUCCGGCAAUACAAAACCAGCCAAAUAUCCAAAAGCUUCCAGCUCUAAGUCUUCAGCAGUAUCCAAGCGUUCAUCCUCAUCACUAUCGGCCAAUUCAAUGACUUCCGAUGAUCAACAGCUGCAGAAACGUAAAUCAAUUAAGUAGGCCAGAACAUGUAUUGGUAUUUUCAACAUGUCUACAUAGGGUUUUAAGGAAGAAAAUGUUUUAAAUACUUUCAAAUUUUAAUUUUCGCAUGAAUAAAUAUUAAUAAUUUUUUCCCCA